ACUUUACUGCUCAACUGGACAGGCAUACGUAAACCAAUGCUGGCGAAAAUGGCGCUGCACAUGGGGACAGUGCGUUUCGGGCUCGAAAAACUCUUGCGCUGGCCGGCGCUGGGAAAGCAGCUGAGUACCUCUGCGACGCUUCGCGUGAAAGAAAUUCGGCAGAGGCAAGAAGGUAACACGACGGUGAUCGAAGGCGUCUUCAUCGACUCUCCUCGCAAGGGUUUCGUGGUCAAGCCGAAGCACACAAGCUCCGCGUGCCCGCUAUGCAGGCUGGGACUGAAGAGGCUGAACCACACGGACGUGCUCAUCCUGAGCCAGUUCAUGGACUCGCGAGGAAACCAGCUUCCGAGGAACGUGACGGGCCUCUGCGCUAGGCAGCACAAGAUCGUGGGCACCCUUCUUUACCAAGCUCAGAGAACAGGGCUUAUCUACAACGAGGAGCACACCCCGAAGGAAAGGUGGCAAGAAUUGAACAACUACUUUGGCCGCACAAAACUCAAGAUCGACUUCGGCAAGCCACUCAUUGACAUCGUAGAGUAUCUAAAGAAACCCCCUACUACGUAAGAAAUGAUACCUGCUUUGUUGUGACAUUUUUUUAUUGUCUUCAAAGUCUCCUUCGGUGACAAGGAUUUUUGUGUAUAGAAGAGAGAAAAAAAAAACAUAUAACAUGGCGUGUAAAAAGAUCUGUACAGUGUUCUGCUUUUAAGUAGAUGAGCUUGCAAAUAAAUACAAUGAAACAUUGUGAAAUGACAA